CUUGUUCAUUCUUUGACCAUGGGGAGCCAGCUACUGUUUUACACUCUGUUGGCACUGAUUCCUGCUCUUGGAACUUCGGACUUUUUAAUCACUAAUAUCAGAAAUGUCAAGAAAAGAAAUGCUGCAAAUACUAUCACUGAUGGGAUAGAUAUCUACAGCAUGAACACUGACUGCAGGAUUACCUCCCGAUUUUCCCAUAAUGUCAUCACGAGUCGAGCUGCCAAUCGUGCCAAUGUGUCCAAGGAAGCCAUCUUUGAAGUGGAGCUCCCCAAGACAGCUUUCAUCACCAAUUUCACCAUGACUAUUGAUGGUGUCACCUAUCCUGGAACUAUAAAGGAAAAAGAGGCUGCCCAUCAACAAUAUCAACAGGCAGUUUCAAGAGGACAGACUGCAGGUCUUGUAAAGGCUUCUGGGAGAAAAACGGAAAAAUUCAGUGUUUCAGUCAACAUAGCACCAGCCAGCAAGAUCACUUUUGAGUUGACCUUUGAGGUGCUGUUGAAGCGAAUCUUUGGAAAAUAUGAGUUGUUUCUAAAAGUAAACCCAAAGCAGCUUGUCAAUAACUUUGAGAUUGAGGCAAACAUAUUUGAGCCCCAGGGCAUCAGCUAUCUGGAGGCAGAAGGAUCGUUCAUCACCAAUGAUUUGUUGCCAGUCAUACAAAAGACUUUCUCAGGGAAAAAGGGCCACGUGUCUUUCAAGCCCACCAUUGACCAACAACGGACCUGUGUAAAUUGUCCAACAACACUGUUGAAUGGAGAUUUCAUCAUAAAAUAUGAUGUCAACAGAGAAUCCCCAGGUGAUUUACAGAUUGUCAAUGGGUACUUUGUACACUUCUUUGCACCACAAAAUGUUUCACAUUUACCUAAGAACAUUGUUUUUAUCAUAGAUGUCAGUAUCUCAAUGUCUGGACGAAAACUACAGCAGACAAAGGAUGCAUUGCUAAAAAUAUUAGAAGAUAUAAAGGAAGAUGACCACUUGAAUUUUGUAUUGUUUGGCGAUGAUGUACACAGAUGGAAAAACACUUUAAUCAAAGCCACUCCUGAGAACCUGGCUGAAGCAAGACGUUAUGUUCAGAAUAUUAAUAUAGCUGGAUGGACAAAUCUUAAUGGUGGUUUAAUGGCUGGAAUUGAAAUGCUGAAUGAAGCCCACAAAAAUGGUUAUCUGCCUGAAAGAAGUGCUUCUUUAAUUAUCAUGUUAACAGAUGGCAGACCCACUAAAGGGGAGAGAAACACCCAAGUAAUUUUAUCUAAUGUCAGAGAUGCAAUUCAAGGGAAAUAUCCCUUAUAUAAUCUUGGGUUUGGUUAUGAUCUUGACUACGGCUCUUUAGAAAAGAUGGCAGCUGAGAAUAAUGGAUUGGCUCGUCGUAUUUACGAGGAUUCCGAUUCAGCCCUACAGUUACAGGGCUUUUAUGAUGAGGUGGCCAAUCCCUUACUUACAGAAGUGGAAUUAAAGUAUCCUGAAAAUGCCAUCUCUGACUUGACUCAAAAUAGUUUUAAGCACUACUAUGAUGGUUCUGAAAUUGUUGUGGCUGGACGUAUUAUAGACAAUGACCUCAACAGUAUUUUUGCAGACGUGAAAGCUCAUGGGGCAGAAGAUGACGUGACUUACUCUGAACAAGGAGAUAUUGAACAAACAGCUAAAGCUCUUGAAGAUCAGAAAUACAUAUUUGGGGAUUAUAUUGAGAGACUAUGGGCUUAUCUCACCAUUCAACAACUUCUGGAAAAACGCAAUGCAGCAAAGGAUGAUGAAAAGACUAAUCUUACUGCUCAAGCCUUGGAGUUGUCUCUGAAAUAUAAAUUUGUAACUCCUUUGACAUCCAUGGUGGUCACAAAGCCAGAAGACAAUGAAGAUAAGGCUGCAGUUGCUGACAAGCCUCUGGAAGUGGAGUCCACAUACUCAUCAUCGCCUGUUGUUCCAGUGUAUGCAGCACAACCAACCUAUCACAGAUAUACUAGUGUUGAUGGAGAUCCACAUUUCAUUAUUGAUGUGCCCCAAAAAGAAGACGCCCUUUGCUUCAACAUUAAUGAAGAUCCAGGUGUAGUGUUAAACCUAAUUAGAGAUCCAACUACAGGUAUUACUGUCAAUGGGCAGCUUACUGGAGAUAAGAAGAGCAGCAAUGAUGUAGUGCCAAUACACAAUACCUAUAUUGGAAGACUUGGGAUUCUAAAUACACAACUGAAUUUCAAAAUUGAAAUAACUCCUGAGAAUAUCACGCUUCACAGUGGUACAAAGCAGAUGACAUUCACAUGGUUUGAUGAAAUCACCUUAUUACAUCCUGGUUUGACUUUGAAAAUCAUUCGAAAAAAGAAUGUGGAAGUCUCAAUGGGAGAAGGAGCAACAUUUGUAGUGGUUUUGCAUCAAGCAUGGAGGAAACAUGCAGUCCAUCAGGAUUUUCUAGGAUUCUACACGUUGGAUAGUCACAGGUUGUCUGAGCAUACCCAUGGUUUAUUAGGGCAAUUUUUUCACCCAAUUGACUUUAACAUACUUGAAGUCCAUCCUGGGUCUGAUCCUGAGAAACCAGAUGCUACAAUGAUCGUGAAAAAUAACCAGCUGACAGUAACCAGGGGAUGGCAGAAAGAUUACACAGAAGAUGUAAAGCAUGGCACAAAUGUCCCUUGUUGGUUUAUUCACAAUAAUGGACAAGGUCUAAUUGAUGGCACAUACACAGACUAUGUUGUUCCUAGUCUGUUUUAGAAUAAGAUGUAUUAACCUUUGGCAAUGGGCUUUGAAGUGACAGAAUUUAAUUAUUACAUACCACUGAUUUCCUCUGACUGUAAAAAUAUCAUCCCACAUCAAUUUUUUUGUGAUUCCUACUUGUACUGCUAUCCUAAAUUCGUACUAAAUCACAUCACAAAUAGAAUGUGUACUCUACAAAGCAAAGGGCUGCAAUUUCCUCACAUAGUAAAUACUAAUUUGUGGGAUAGUGCAAUUAUUUUUUUUAAUGAACAUUAAUGCUGAUAACAGUUCUAUGUAUGUUGAGCACAACCAUGAUUUUCAUCAUUUAAAUAUGUUGAGAGGAAGAGGUUCAAAAUAAAGGUGUCAAAGCA